AUGAGCGGCCGCCCCCCUCGCAAGGCCAUUCCGAGCGCGCAGGAGGCGAAUCAGUACAUCAAGUCGCGGCUGCAGCCCUUCCUGGUGAAGGGCCUGACGGAGCUCGCAAGAGCGAAGCCGGCGGACCCGCUGCGGUACCUGGCGACGUGGAUGCUCGAGAACAACCCGAACCGACCGAUGGGGGGUGAGCAGAGCGAUGGAGGAAGGGCAGGAGUGAAAACCAACACUGAGGAGGAGAAGAAUUUUGCGAGUUGA